AAUGGCUGAAAAAGCUUUUGACUCCUGUGUCGAUUUUUGGAGAUUUAAAAAACUUUUAAAAUUCCUAGAAUUUGCAAAAGGCAAUGGAACUUCUUUAAUAACUCUAUUAAUUCCUCAAAAAGAUCAAAUCAGUAGAGUAACAAGAAUGUUAGGCGAAGAACUUGGAACAGCAUCUAGUAUCAAGUCUAAGCUCAACAGACAAUCGGUGGAAUCUGCGAUAACAUCAAUUUUACAAAAAUUAAAAUUAUACAAAUGUGUGCCUAAAAAUGGACUUGUAAUAUUUUCUGGAACGGUAAUUACUAAAGAAGGAAAAAAUAAAAAGCAUAUUCUAGAUUUCGAGCCUACUAAACCAAUGUCUGAUAAAUUAUACUUGUGUGAUAAUAAAUUUUAUAUAGAACCACUUAAAUCAAUGUUGCGUGAGGAGGAAAGUUAUGGAUUUAUUAUAAUAGAUGGACAAGGGACCCUAUUUGCAAAUGUUUCGGGUAACGCUCGAACAAUACUUCAAAAAUUUUCUGCUGGUUUGCCAAAAAAGCAUGCAAGAGGUGGCUCAUCGGCUGCGAGAUUCGGACGCGAGAGAUUAUUGAAACGUCAAGCCUACAUUAAGAAGGUUGCAGAAACGGCUAAAGAUUGUUUUAUAAAUGCUGAGCUAAAAGCUAAUGUUUCAGGUAUUAUUGUAGCCGGUAGUGCAGAAUUGAAGACGGAUUUAAUUAAAUAUGACCUCUUGGACAAUAGGAUAAAGGAGAAGAUUAUUGAAGUUGUGGAUAUUGAAUAUGGUGAUGUCAUAGGCUUAAAUAGAGCUAUUGAUUUGGCCGCAGAAAAAAUUGGUAAUUUGCAUUUUGUAAAAGAAAAAGCCAUCAUAAGGAAUUUUUUUGAUUGUAUUCAGCGAGAUAAUGGUAAAUAUUGCUAUGGAUGUGAGGAUACGAUGGAAGCUCUGAAAAAGGGAGCAGUAGAAACUUUGAUUUGUUGGGAAGAUUUGGAGGUUAUGUAUUUCAAAUUAAAAAAUUCCAGAGAGGAAAUAUUCACUACUCAUUAUUUAUCUCCGAGAGAAGCUCAGAAUUUAAAUAUUUUUAAGGAUAGUAAUACUGGUUUUCGUUUGGAACUUGUCGAGCAAGAAUUAUUAGUUGAAUAUCUGAUAGAAAAGUAUUCUAAAUUUGGAACUGAUAUGAAAAUAAUUACUAAUGGAACACAAGAAGGCAAACAAUUUAUAGCAGGCUUCGGGGGAAUAGGAGGCAUACUUCGAUAUAAAAUGUCUUUUUCUAAUUCAAUAAAUGAAGAAAACGAAGAGGACUUUAACCUAGAUGAAUAUGAUCUGUAA